CCUUCACGGCUCACGGUGUUUCUCUCCUACCUCUUUCCUCCCCUCCCCCCAACACCUGGCUUUUCUUCCCUCUCUCUCUCUCUUUCUCUCUCUCCAUUCCCUUCUUCGUGUUCCAAAGUUCAUCUCAUUCUCAUCAAGUGCCGAUCCUACUUGGAUUCCUUUUCCCCCAUUCUUCUCCUCCCUCGAAAGUGAGCAUUUCAUACUUCAUCGCACGAGUCUACUCAUUUAGUUUCCCGAUACACAGGCACCCUCCAAGACCAUGGAGGUGCCAACUUCUAACUCCGCCUCCAUCAGAGUGGCUCUAGAAGGCUGCGGACAUGGAUGUCUGCACGAUAUCUAUGCGUCAAUUGAGAAAGCAGCAGAGCUGAAGGGCUGGGACGGUGUUGACUUAGUGGUCAUUGGCGGCGACUUUCAGGCCGUCCGAAAUGCCAACGAUUUGGCUUGCAUGUCUGUACCAAAAAAGUACAGAGAGUUGGGUGAUUUCCACGAAUACUACAGCGGACAGCGCACUGCUCCAUAUCUGACUAUCUUCAUUGGCGGUAAUCACGAAGCUGGUAACCACCUUUUUGAGCUCUACUACGGAGGCUGGGUGGCACCCAACAUCUACUACCUUGGCGCAGCUAAUGUUCUUCGAUGUGGCCCUAUACGGAUCGCAGGCAUGUCUGGGAUUUGGAAGGGAUAUGAUUAUCGAAAGCCUCAUUUUGAACGACUUCCUUACAAUCGUGAUGAUAUUCAAAGUAUUUACCACGUCAGGGAGUUAGACGUGAGAAAAUUGCUCCAAAUCCGCACGCAGAUUGAUCUAGGCUUGUCGCAUGAUUGGCCCAAGCAUGUUGAGCGCUGUGGGGACUACGAGACUCUCUUCAGACAAAAGAGAGGAUUUCGCGAGGAUUCUAUCAGUGGCAAAUUGGGGAAUAUGGCUGCUAAGCAUGUUCUUGACCGUUUGCGCCCUGCGUACUGGUUCUCUGCUCAUUUACAUGUCAGAUUUGCAGCAUUAAUUCAACACGGCGAGUAUGUUAUCCCUGAGCAUCCAGCUGCCAGAAGGCAGGCUGCCGCUGCUUCAAAUGACGUCAACAAGCCUCCGAAAGAACCGCACCCUUUUGGGCUGGACGGCGCUGUACUCGCUUCUCUGGCGACGCUCGGCGAUGACGAGCUGUUGAAGGAGGAUAUGCCUUCGGCCGGUACUGCAGUGCCUGGUCUUCCCAGCAACGUAUCGGCCCUUCCUUCUCAAGAUGCAAGCAAAAUUGGGAGUACAGAGAAACCCCAAUCGCAACCUGAGGCUGAGCAUACUAGUCAGCCGAGGACAGAGAGCCCUGUUGGAAAACCUAUGGAGAAUGUCCGGAGUAGGCUGGCAGCGUGGAACAACUUUCAUGUUGUCGCAGCUCAAACGGAAGCAGCUGAAAAUUCUCGCUUCCUGUUAGAACAGGCAAAAGCCCAAGAGUUGCCUACCCCUGAAGUCACGCACAACCUCACAUGGCGCAAGAUUGAGACCGAUGAGGACGGAUCCAGCCGCAAAGUAACAGGCAUUGAGAGGGAUGGCAUCCUCGACCAUCCGGGUAUCAAAAAGCAGAAGACCCAGCAUGUGCCCGAGAUAGUGAAAAACUCUGACGAAAUUGACCUCGACUUGGACAGUGAUACCGAUGAAGACACUUCUAACAAGGUUCUGCCUAGGACGGAAGUUCCUACAAACGAUGGCUCCGAUUCGACCUCUCCUGCCACGAAUGUGCUUGAAAGCAGCACUGGUAACAUUCAAACAGCUGUGCCAACUAGCGGGAGCGAGGUUUCCGAAGACCUUCGCAGCCAACUUCCCGCUAGUUUUGCACGCCCUCAGCCUGAUCCCUACCCUCUCAAUGGACCUUUGCCAGAAGCUAUCUCAAAUACCCUGACGAGAUUUCUUGCCCUCGAUAAAUGCCUUCCGAACCGCGAUUUCCUUCAACUAGUGGAAUUUAACGCCGUUUCUGAUCAGGGAGACACCCCAGUGGAACGUCCAUACCGCCUGCAUUACGACAAGGAGUGGCUGGCGAUCACCCGCGCUUUCUCCAACGACCUUCAUCUCGGGGAUGCCGGCGCCAGACCCCCCGCCGAUAAGGGCGACGUGGUCUACAAACCUCACAUCAUCGAGCAUGAGAAGUGGAUUGAGGACAACGUCGUAAAGCCAGGAAAGCUGCUUAUUCCGGACAAUUUUAGCCGAACUGCUCCCAUCUACGACCCCGCCGUACCCAUCUCUACGGAAGAAAUGCCUAUGGAAUAUACAAAUCCCCAAACGACGCAGUUCUGUGAAUUGGUCGGAAUCGAGAAUAAGUUCCACAUGAAUGAUGAGGAGCGUAAAGCACGUAUGGCCCAGGGUCCCAGACCUGAGACCAGAGGUGGCCCUCGUCGGGGUGGAUUUGGCUUUGGACGAGGGCGUGGAGGUCGCGGGCGUGGGAACCGUCGUUAAUUCUACGUCUCGUCGUUUACCAUAUGCUCGUUGAACCAGAAACUGGAUCUUAGUGCAUCUUAACACGGCUCCCAGGUCAAGGAAGUAUUGACGGACAAAGUGCUGGCCACCUGCCCCUGUUGAUCUUCUUUGAUCGUGGCGGACAUGCUGCAACGUGCUUGGGUUUCUAUUUACUGCAAAAUAAAAUUGCCUGAUUUGUAUCUCAAGCCAAGCUAGUUUUUUUAUUUUGCUCGAUUUGAAACUUCGACGGGUGUGGUAUUAAGAUCUCUGCAUAUUUUUCAUUGAUGUCAUUCUUGCUCUUGCUGUUUCUUAUCCAUGAUCGGAAACAACUAUUGAAUUACUCGACACAUCUUACGCGUUAAUGGAAUCUUCUUAUCUGAAACUUUUCAUUGCUGAGAUGGGCAAU